CACGGCCCGCCCACACACCAGCCACGCACCCAUCCGCCACAGCCGCACACGCCACACGGCGACAGACCCACACGCUGUGCACGGGUCGCCUCUCUGCCGGCUUGUCGCCCGCCACGACCGCGCCUCCACACGACCGGCCACCGACCACCCCACCCGCCAGCAGCCGCUCUCCGCAUCUCACAGCCUCUCGCGCCCACCGCCGGCCAGCAGACUCGACCUCGCCCACGAGGACGGUCGUUCCCGCCUCGUGGGCCCGGAUCUGCUCGAGCUCGAGCGCCCGGCCGGAGGAAGGACGCGUCUAGCCCGCCCGCGAGGGCCGAACUGACGAGUACGCGGAGCUGCGGCGGCUCUCAAUGUGCGGCGCAGCCUCUGGCGGCAGCUCGUGAGCCUGGCUGUGUGCGGGCGGCGGCGUAAAGGUACGUCCGCCACGUGCUGCCGCCGCCCGCAGCGGGCCGCAUGUCGCCCUGCCGAUCUCGAAGCUCGCCGCCGCCCGGCAGCGGCGUGCUCCUCGCGGCGACACGCCGGCCUACAACAGCAGCACCAACCGGCACUGGGCUCCGCGAGCGGCUCGUCACCCUGCAGGUUGGUACGGCGUCAGCAAGGCAGCCGCGUCGGUGCAAAGGCGGCGUCGCCGCCGCGGCGUGAUCGGGUCGGGGGUGGCGACGCGCUGCUGGCCUCGGCGCCAGCCUUGUGGGCUGCGGUGGCUGCCUUCGCACUGGGAUUGGCGACGAGAGCUUUCACGCUGCGCCGGCGUGGCUGCGAGCGCAGCUCGCGCGAUGUGCUUUGAUCAUUUGCUCGCCAAUGGAAGCGGCACCGGCGCGCUUCUGUGGCAGCAACGUAGGUGCGAAGCGGUCACGAUUGACAGCACGAUGAGCAGGCACUCGUUUUGCGGCUUCGGCACGAUGUGGGCCGGCCGGCGCCAUGGCACGCCCAGCGAAGACAGCUAGCAUUCGCCGCGACCGUAAGCUGAGGCUUGCGACUCCCGGUGCAUCGCGUCGAGAGUUGCGGAGCUGUUGUUGUUCGGGUGUGGGUAGCGUCGCGGUGUCGAGCCUGGCGUGGCACGCCGCUCGUAGGUGGGUUGACCACCCGCGUUUUCUUUUCUCACAAGAGAGGUUGUGUGAAUAACAG